AAUAAUAAUAAAGUUAGGGAAGUAUUUGAUAUACAAAUUCCUGAAUUCUCGCUAGAAGUAAUUAUAACGGGAUCUAGCAAAAUUACAGCACAAAAUAUAGCCGAUUUAUUUGCUAUAGCAAUAAAAACAUUGGUAUACAAUGAGAUUAAAACACUACUCCCGGAUAUCACUGAUGUAAACUUGCGACAGAAAACGUUUAGAGCAAAAAAAAUCUAUAUAUUACUCAAAGGAAUAGGAGUAGAAAAAGUUCAAACAAUAACAUGUAGUGCAAGCGCAAUUUCGAGUUUAACUGACAACCAAAUUCAGGAUAUUAUAAAUUGCUUUCCUAAAAAAUCUAUUAGUGUGGAUGAUUCUUCUGUUAAAUAUCAAGAAAAGAUCGGCGUUACAAAUUGUAACGCGCACGUGACUGAACAAUCUAAUCUAAACAAUUCAGAAACUGUAGUAAAUAAGGAAGCCAAGAAAAUUUUACUGGAAACAGAGGUAAGUAUUACAACUACUCCCUCUAUUAAAUCAUAUCACGCCUCUAAUUCGGAAGAUAUAGUAAAUGAAAAUAACGAAUUUUCAGAGACUGUAACUGUAAUUGAUAGCUUUUCAGAUUCUAACUUGGAAUCCUCUAAUGAAGGCGAGGGUGAUGAUGAAGACGAGUUUUUAGAUAAAAUCCGUUCUAGGUUUUGUAAAAGAUAUAAGAAAAAAACUGGACUCGAUCCCUGGAUAAAGUCUGAAACCUCACAAAUCGAAAAGACUGAUAACUACCUUUCACAGGAUUGUGUUAUCAAAAUUUCUAAAUUUCCGGAAGAAAAAAGUAUAAUCCAUGAUGCAGUACAUAAACGCUUCCCUUUCUUGUCUUACACUAAUUCGAAUGCAUGGUAUCGAGAUGUAUUUAAAUAUACAGAUCCAGAAGCCAAAUGUCCAAUAUGCAAAGAAGUACAUACACGUUUAGGAAUAUGGGGCGACUGGAGCUGUCUAGGUAAAAAUGAUCAUUAUUUUCUUAAUUGCCCUUUUCGUAUCGAUCAAAAGAAAGUUAUUAUUGCUGUACAGAGUUUACCGGAAACUCAGGGAGGGAUACCAAACAAAACCCACCUUUAUCAGCCAGAGGUUGGCUUAUGCCAAUAUGCCAUCGAACAUAAAAUGGAUCCCGAGAAAUUUUCGGUUAUUACAGAGGCUGAGAAAAAAAGAUGGACCAUGGGAUGCUUCCGUGGUGACCUGGAGAGAGAUAUACGCUGUUAUCGUGAAGGAAUAAAAAGGAAUGAAGAUACUAGAAAAUACCAUAAAUUUUUAACAGAUCGGGAUAGGCUAGUCAGUGAAGAAUUAUUACAUUGCGGUAUACUAAAGAGUGGUUUAUGUACUGCAUGGCUUGAUGAUCUUAUGGAAGAAUGGGAAAAAAUCCAUACUCAAUUCACCCAAAUUUUUAACCAGACGAAACCCGAGGAUUCAACUGAGGUGAAUGUAAAAGCAUAA